GGAAAGCAGUUUACACACACAUAUACAUACACACACACACACACACACACACACACACGACAGACGCGUGCGUGCGCACCCACCCACCCACACACACACACACACAAGAUCUCUCGUGGAAAGGACCUCUCCCACUGCAACAAGGAUGAGGGGUAUAUUCUCAGUAACGAUCAUACUUCUUGUGGCUUUGACCAUUGCUGCGGAAGCCGUAAAGACGAAAGAGAAAGUGAAGGAGGUGAAGACAGGGCCUGACUGCGAUGAGUGGAUAUAUGGGAAAUGUGUGCCCAACAGCGGAGACUGUGGCAUGGGUGUUCGUGAGGCCACCUGCAAUGAUGUGACUAAGAAACUAAAGUGUAAAGUGCCAUGCAACUGGAAGAAAGACUUUGGAGCUGAUUGCAAGUACAAGUUUAGCCGCUGGGGGGAGUGUGAGGCAGGCACUCGGAGCAGGUCUGGAGUACUGAGGAAAGCGCUGUUUAAAGCUGACUGCCAGGAGACCAUUAAGGUGAACAAACCUUGCAAUCCAAAAACGCCCAAACCUAAGGGCGGGGAGAAGAAGGCAAAAAAAGGGAAGGAAAAUUGAGCAAUCCAGUGUGUUCGGCUUUCCCCAACCUUUAAAGGCUCUUAAGGGGGAGAGGGGGGUGGGGGUGGUG